AUGGGAGAUUCAUCCAGUGCAGAUUACAAGCCCGAAUGGCUCGAGCUUGAAAAAGCUCUCGGCACCCGUCCCCUUCUCGUAGGCGAUUCAGCCAACAUUGAAGAGCAAUUCAACGGCCUAGUCGCAGCGCUGAAUGCUCAAAGACCCCCUCCCGACACCUCGGUUCAAACUCGUGAUGCUUCCGCAGACGGAGUUCCGGUUCGUAUAUACACGCCUUCUUCAAAUGCCUCCCAGAGUGGCGAACUUCCUCUGGGAGUGUAUUUUCACGGAGGUGGAUAUUGCGUUGGAGACCUCGAUUCGGAGGAUGUGUGGUGUCGAUUUAUCGCAAAGAGUGUUCCUUGUGUGAUUGUAAGUGUCGAGUAUAGAUUGGGCCCGAAACAUAAGGUUCCGGUGAUGUUGGAUGAUAGCGUCAAGGCUUUUGAAUGGGCCUACACCCACGCCUCGGAGCUCCACGCCUCCGCCUCCCAACUCUUCACCAUCGGCGGCUCCGCCGGCGGCGGUCUGGCUCUAACCGUCGCUCACGAUCUCAUCGCCGCGGGUAAGCGAUCGCAAAUCAAAGGUAUCGUGGCCAUGGUCCCCGUCGCCGCACACCCAUCUUCGAUCCCCGCGUCGUACAAAAAUCACUAUCAAUCCUACGAUGAGAAUGCGCACGGCGUACCGAUUAUUGAUGCGGAUACGAUGAAUACGUUUUUUGGGGCUGUGGGGGCGGAUCCGCAGGAUCCGAGAGUGUUUGUGACGCUCUCGAAACAUUUGGAGGAAUUUCCUCCGACUUAUAUCGCGACGUGUGGAAAAGAUCCUUUGCGGGAUGAUGGUAAGGUGUUGGAAAUGAUGUUGAAGGAUAAGGGUAUCAAGACAAAGAGUAAUUAUUAUGAGGGGGUGCCGCAUUAUUUUUGGCUUUUCCCCGGUAUCAAGGGUGGAGAUGAAUUUUUGGAUGAUGUCAGUAAAGGGGUCAAGUUUGUCCUGGGUAUUUAA